AUGCCACCCAAAAAGAAACAGCAGCAACCGGCUAAGAAAAAGGACAAUGUCGACAAGACGUUCGGGAUGAAAAAUAAGAAUAGGUCGACCAAAGUGCAGAAGUACAUCAAGCAGGUUCAAUCACAGAGCGAUCCAGGGAAGGAAGAUUUGAGGCGUCAGAAGCUGGAAGAGAAGAAGCGGAGGGAGGCGGAAGAAGCGGAAAGAAGAGCUCUUUUCAAUCCUACGGUGGAUCAACGAGUACGGGCGGGUGUGGAUCCCAAGACGGUGUUAUGUGCGAUGUUUAAGAUUGGCAACUGUAACAAGGGAGCCAAAUGUAAGUUCUCGCACGACUUGAACGUGGGGAGGAAAGUGGAAAAGAGGGAUCUGUACACGGAUGUCAGGAAGGAGAAAGAGGAAGAUACGAUGGAUCAGUGGGAUGAGGCGAAGUUGAGGACGGUCAUCCUGUCAAAACAUGGUAAUCCGAAGACCACAACCGAUAAGGUCUGCAAAUAUUUUAUCGAAGCCGUUGAGAACGGCAAGUACGGGUGGUUUUGGACGUGUCCGAACGGCGGCGACAAGUGUAUGUACAGGCAUUCUUUGCCCGAGGGGUUUGUGCUGAAAACCAACGAGCAGAAGAGAUUGGAAAGAGAGGCGCUAGACAAUCAACCGAAGAUUACUCUGGAAGAGUUUAUCGAGACCGAGAGGGAGAGGCUAGAUAAAUCUAAAUUAACACCAAUUACCGUGGAAAACUUUGCCAAAUGGAAGCAGAACCAUCUAAUUGAUAAGCAAAAUGCUGAGAGGAAGGAAAACGGUAAGAAGAAACCCACCGGUCGUGAAGUUUUGCUGAAGCUUUACGUGGAAAACAAGAAGUUCGAUGAAAAUGACUUGAACGACGCAUCUCAAGGGUCCGAAUGGGAUCUUUCUGAGUUCACAAAGGCUCUAGACGAGACUGAUAAUAUCAAGGAUUACGGUGACGGUAGUAAUCCAACUUUUGAAAUCAAGGUUCAAAAGGAAACCAAUACUGCAUCUGCUUGA